CUUGUGAACCGUGUUUACUUUUCACCCAAUGGGCAAUGGAUAGCAAGUGCCUCAUUUGACAAGUCAGUCAAGUUAUGGAAUGGUAUCACUAGAAAAUUUGUUGCUGCGUUCCAGUGUCAUGUGGGACCUAUCUACCGAAUAAGCUGGUCUACUGAUAGUAGGCUACUUUUAAGUGGGAGCAAAGACUCUACUUUGAAGGUUUGGGAUAUCAAGACGCAGAAGUUGAAACAAGACUUGCCCAGCCAUGCAGAUGAA